GUUGAAAUGGUUCAUUCUGAUCGAGUACUUUCAAGUAGAGGUACAGUUUCAGUUAUGAUUCACAUGGUUCGCACGGCAAAAGUCGUUUUUCUUGUCAUACCUUAAGCUCUUGAAAGGUUCGCUGGAAGGCCUUGCUCAAGAACCUUUUACAUUUCUUCCAUGAUAGCGACGACAUUGAGAAAAGACAAAGAAUCUUUUCCUUUUGUUUUACGUUUUAGAUUUCGACCCGCCACGCAAUAAUUGAGCGUGUCCUUUUUCCUCUCGUGUCUGCCUCCGAAAAUCGCGUCUGCAUCGAUCCGCUGACACGUAGAAGCUAUAAACUGGAGCAGACCACAAGAUUGCUAUUGCAUCAAUCACGACAGAUUGACGUCGCAGAUCUAAAAACUACUAACGAGGUUAAUUAGUAUAUCCACCUCACGCUAAAGCGAUCGAUGAAGCUAUUGGUAAUUGUACGUGAAGACGAGACAUGUUGACGCACUUAUUUUUCAUUAUAUCGACGUACUACCUGCUUACACUUACUCAAAAAACACUAUAAGAAAAACCCUGCAUGUAAAAGAUGGAUUCCCUAAGACAAAGUAAGAGCAUUUCUCGCGUUUACCAGAAGGCGGCGCUUGCCGUGCUGGUUCUGUUUGAUCUCCGCCACGACCGGUGUAUUUUGCUGUCCCGCGCGGCCGUGUUGCGAGGCACGGAGUUGUACCCGACCACGACGAGGGAAAGCCGCAGACUUUUGGGGCCUUGGACUGAUGAACAUGGAGAUGAUCAGCUGCAACAGCAGCAGCAGCAGCAGGCCUCCCAGUCUCUGGUGGCCAGUGGCCGGCGUGGUUACCGGCAUGGUCAACCACGUCGUGAACGCCAAGAACAAAGCAGACCUGAAGGUCCUGUUCACACCACCACCAUGACCGCUCAAAAUAAUCAGGGAGAAGAAGGGGCCGUAGUAGACCGUGUUGCAACUUGGGCAUCCGGCGCAUCUUCUUCGUCGGCCACCGAUGCAGGCCGUGCCGCUCGUGUCCGCGAGCAGCGGCGUCACGAGGAGCCCGCUCCCGGUUCCCCGCCUGAGCCCCACGUCUGGCGGCGACGAGAACAAAAAUAUUGCAACAGGUUUUUGGUCGAAAAAACCCGAUUCUGUUGGUAAGUCCACGAAUUCAUAAUUAUUCAUAUUCUUCAACAAUGGACGAAGAUUUUGCUCUAUUUCACCGUGACCAAACCCACGCAAGAAGCAAAAGACACGCCCGUCGUUAUCAUUUAUUGCCCUUGGCGUUGCGUUUCACUUGAUUUUAUUUGAGUAUAUCCAUCAGCACAGUUGCGCGUGUCGUGCGACAAGACUAAGAGCUCGCGACAAGACUUGUUGUAGACUAUCCCCAACAACUGCCUUCUACUCUCGCACUGUUCACUUUACCCUUGUGGAAGUAAGUGCGCCAUCGACCACUACGACAUCUCUUCGCAAUGAAAUUAAAUGUGAAUAAACAGGUUUGCUGGCGAAGGUCAUUGCGACCGCAGCAGGCCGCGAGCAGGGCGUAGAAGUAGUUGUGCAUUUGCGCACUCGCUGGCUGAGGCGAACGAGCACAAUCAGUGGAAGACGGAAAUCUGCAACAGCAGCCCAUAUUCUUGCAAUCGGUAUUGCAGCGAUCGGAGGCGGAGGAAGGGUGCUCCCGGUGAUGUUGAGCAAGACCAAGACGAGGAGUACGUGUACUCGCACGGGCUCAUGUGGGAGGAGGAAAAGUACAACCUGCUUCGGGACAAGCCGGUGGCCGUGCAAAACUUGCACUGCCGGUUUGCGCACCCAGAGACGGAAAACCACAAGCGCGAGGUCGGCAGUUCAGUUGUGGGCCACUUUUUGCACAUCAUGGAGCAGCUUCAGAUGCGGGCCGCAACAACCGAAAGUGCCGAAGAGAGGCAGCAGAUCGAACUGUGCCUCAACCAUUUUGAGAACGAUUUGCAGGCAGUCGCGCGGUGCGCCUGCCUGUGGGAGGAGCUUUCGGACCACCGCAGUCAACUCCCGCAGCUGUUUCUGGAUCAAAUGAAUCAGGAAAAGCGGCAAUGGAUGGUCGAGCAACAGCUGCGAAUCGAAGAGAGGAUAACUCAUUUGCGACGAGAAAUGCAGGAGCGAGGACAAAACUCCGAGCAGUGGGACGAUCACCAGCAGGACGGAUCCUCGUGCGGGCUUGGCCAAUCCGCGUCGAAUUCACAGGCCCCGCUGGAACAAGCAACAGUAAGCGCUUUCAAUUUAUUGCAUCAACAAGGAUCCCGAUCCGCCAAUGAAACUCCGUACUUUUAUUCCCCCGGCCGCGUAGCGGACGCGCACGCGGUGGAAGCUACGGACUUGCCACCGUCAAGUAGUUGGGAAAACAAGUUUGAUCAUCACGGUCGGUCUCAGCAACACGUUCACGACCCACAACGGAUCGUGGGUUUCCUGCCCAUGCUUGUGCUGAAACCUAAGAACAUUGCUCCACCACCGGAGUGGUGCAUGCGUGUGCCUCCUCAGCCUGCUUUUUGUUCUCCUCAGACUUCUUUGGGGCGUCCUUGGGCGCAUGUGCAAGCGGUCGGGCGCGAGAUCGCGAAGGCAAUGGUCCCGGUCUAUCGUUUUAAAGACGACCCAGCUGGUGCUCCGGGCGCUGCCACCAUGCUUUUUCCCAUGAAAUUGAAAGGGCAAAUUGGGGAUAAUACCGACUGGCAAAAAAUGCUGAUCGGCACCUCCGAUCUGCAGAAUUUGGUUUUGACCCAGCGCCACAAGUGGCAGUUGGCACAGGAGCAGGAGGCGGAGUUCCUGACGACUGGGCUCCUACCAGUGAGCGAAAACGCUGCGGAGCAUGUGCGACUGUGGUGGCAGCCAAAUCCGAAUCCUUCCGGGGCAUUCCUGUAUCGUGAGAAAAGACUGAGUCGCUAUAGUCAAAUGUGUAGUCUGCUUCAGCAGCUACACGCUGCGUAUAGGUUUAUGUUACAUAUAUGAUAAGCUGUAGUGAUGCAGUGUGCACUGUGCAGCUUCAGGGCUUAAAGAUUAUAGGUGCAGCGUGGGGGCGUGAUGUGCAGUUUGAUUUAUUACCGUCGAUGUUGACGAUCUAUUUGGAAGAGCAAGCUCGUCUCCUCCGUCUGAGGACCACCCCUGCAGCUGCGACAGUAUCAGUACUCACAGUAGAAGGACUUGCAUCAACGAAAACGCCUUUAACCUACAAUUCGACUUGGUUUUGCUAUCAUACAUGCCUGCGAGAAGUCACGCCAGCGGAGAAAAUGGAACACUGCCGCAACUUGUUUCUGAAACCGAACAUAGUUCCCGACGCGCACCACGACGACACUAGGGAUACGCAAGAACUGCGGUUAAAAUUACAAACCGUGUCUGAUGCUGUUACAAAACUCCAAUGGCUCCUCGUCUGUCAGCCGGCAUCCCAGGUGCAAGUGGGAGCGGAAUCAGAAUUUUUGCAAGGAGCAGCUUCGUCGGCUAGCACGGGGGUUCCUCCUCCGAGCGCUGGGAGCCUCAGCUCUAUCGACUUGUCCGGAAACCAGCCUUCCACGGGCUCGCAACAACAUCCAGGUACUACUAGAAAUGCUUUUGUACAAGAACUUGAACUUCAUGAUCAAAUGUUAAUUGAAACGAUAUAAGUAUAAGUUUUUGCGGUAGUACCAGUAGAGCUAGAGGCAUGACCAUUCGCCAAACAAAACUACUGUAACUGGAUGAAUUACCUUCUUCACAGCCUCGAUUGUCCAGGGGCUGGGAGACCGCGAAGAUGAAUUCGACGACGAGGGAGGGUAUCAAACGGACGCUGACAACCCGGUCUAUCAUUCUGUGAACAUUCACUCCCCUUCCUCAUUGUUUCUUCCUGUUGGUUGUGAUCGUAGUACAUGCUGUAGCUCAUGCGGGAUCAUAGGCUCAGCCCGUUUCUCCCUCUGUCUCGAAAGAAAUAAAAGGCAAAAUGAAGACGCAGAGCAAUCGUGCCCGAUCACGAUAGUUGAUCAUUCUUCUACUUAUUCGUUGCAUAAAUUAAGUUUCUGACUCUGUUGAUCUGCACCAUGAGUUUCUUUGCCAAUAGGAAGGAUAUAUAAAGAUGGAAAUUGGCGGCUUUUUCCGUGGCAUAUUGAUACAGCACAGCCUUCCCCCCGUGGCAGAAGUUUGAGACGUGGACGAGAACGCACUGCAGCCGCCGCUGCUGAGAGGCAAGGGGUUUUGCACCAGCGCCGAGAGGCAACAGAUGAGCUGGGAGACCACGAGGACGCAGAGGCAGGACGAGAUCAAACGAUUUUGCGCCACCACGUAAUAAACACCACCGGCGACGAUAAGACCGUUUUCAGCAUUCCCUCGAACCUGCAUCAGGACGUGGUCGGUGGUGCUAGUGGACUGCAUAGCCAAGAAGAGGACAAGGACCACGACGCGAGGGGGUCAUACGUAAGCACCAGGUCCCAAAGUCCGGGCGGAUACCACUCGCAACUGAGGGACACAUACGGUCCUUUUCUCGGCCCAGUCGACGCAGAUCAGUUUGGUUUUGUUCCAACAUUGCCUCCGCACGCCGCAGGAUGGCACGAAGAUCGCACUGCAGGCCCCGGAGCUGGGACACGUGGAGAAGGUUCUCCGCUGCAUUGGCACCAGGCGCAGGUAUCGCCGUAUCAUCUCCAAAUGGCGCAUCACUUACCGCUGACUAACCAACAUUUUCAAGGUGGAGCUCUGGUGCAGCAACCGGAGGGGCCUCUUUUUCAUCCAAAUGUGCUGCAGGGGCCAGCAUGGACGCAAUCGCCGCAGCAGCAGACGCAGCUGCAAUACCAAACGAUGGUUGGACAUCAACUUCAACACAGAAUACAACAGGCUGGUGCGUUGGAUUUGGGACAGCUGCCGUUUGUUGAUAGCUCCACCUCACGUGAAAGACAACAGCUGCAGAAUCCCAAUGCGAUGACGCUUGCGCCGAUGCAAGUUCCGGAAAAUCCACAGUAUGGCCCUUACCAAUGA